UCCAGGCAGCAUGGUGAAUUUGUAUUUGUUCAUGGUGCCGACUCACUGAUAAGUGGCAUAGAUAAUCUCAAGGUGCUUGAAAAACUGUACCUGUCUUCAGUAAAUGGCCAUAAUGCAUUCCAAAUCAGAUUAUCAGUUUUGCCUUGAAACAUGUGAACAUCAUAAACUGUGUUGUGAAAUUUGAGGGAAAAACGCUGAUAUCAGGACGUUUCAAACCUGAUAACAUUCAUCAUGUCUUCCAUGAUGACCUGUUACCAACCUACUUCACGAUAAGGGAGUUUUGUGCUGAUAUGCAUGUUUGUAAAGAAUCAUUAAAUAUCAUUUUUACUGAUGAACAUGAACGUGGAGUAUACUGGGAUCUGUAUCUGAUGUUUACCAGAAAAGUAAUGAAAUUACAGGAUCUUGGUGUUGAUGAGAACGAGUGGUAUUGUUUUCAAGAUACAUAUAUAGGUCUAAAUAAAAUGAGUGUAUGGUACCAAUAUGGUUUUGGUGUUUUGCAGGGCCCUGUUAAAAAUCAUUUUCAAGGGGCAUAUUUAAGACAAUUUACUAACUUUGUCAGAGACCAAUUAGGAGUUAGAAUGCAAUUUGAAAAGCAAAGUGGAGUUUUACUAUCCAGAAAAUUAAAUAGGAAGAUAAUUAACGAGAAAGAGUUAGUUGAUGCCAUUCAAGGAUUGCUUCUCACUGUGAAGGAUUAUGAAGAGAUAACAGUGAAGACAGUGACCUUGGAAGAGGGUAACUUGAAAGGUGUAAUUAGUGCAUUUUCUGAGGCUGCAUUGAUUGUUGGUGUUCAUGGGUCUGCAUUGAUACUUGGAAUGUUUCUGCCUCCCGGAUCAGUUAUGGUUGAGCUGUGGCCAUAUGGAGUUGAUCCCAGUGCAGCACCAGUCUUUAAGACUAUGUGUGAACUUGAUGGUUUUGAUGUGAUUUAUAUUCCUUGGACCAAUGAAGACUUUCAAAAUACAGUUUAUCAUCCAAGUUAUCCCAGUCAUUAUGGUGGCCUUGGUCAUUUACCAAAGGUGGAGCAGGAUAAGGUUAUCAAGGGCCUCAACACAAACAAACUUACAGGGUUGGAGUGUUGUGACGGCACUGAAUGGCUCUUUCGCAUAUAUCAAGACACAGUGGCCAAUGUUGGAAAUGAUGCAAACCUGAAAAGUAUUUCAGUUUUAAAACUGAUUUCAGAUGGUUUAAAAAGAGGAAAAGUACUUCUUUCUUCAAGAGCUUAUACAGACAAAUACUUAAGAGACAGCAAAUAUCCUGGGGAGGUACGCAUGUUACGGUGUAAUUUGGAGAGGGAGGAGACCUCUACAAAAUUAUAUGCAAAUUGGAUUGAACCUUGGAAUGUUGAAUAUUUAGAAUGUGGAGAAUUAGAUUUUGAGGUUGUAAUGCAAAGCAAAGGCAGAGAGGAGUUUAAAAAGUACCGAACUCACGAAGGCACUUUUUUGAAAAAGUUGGCUUUUAAUGUUGAUAAAUUGGAUAUAUGGGUGACUUGUUUAUGUGAUGGUUUUGAAGGUUCAACUUCAUAUACAGCAUGUCUUUAAUUUGUUGGCAAAACUUGGAGAGAAUUGCUAUUUUAUUGUAUGAAGGGUUAUAAUUAUUCUAGUACUUGUGUUUAAUACCAUGUAACAUUUUUUUAUAUAGUGUUUAUUUUAAGAAUGGUAAAGGUGUUAUCACGUGAAGUUAUCUGUAUAAUGUAUUUUUUUUAUUUUAUAAAAGUUGGCUGAUAAUUCAACUCAUGGCAGUUGAUUGCAAAGAAAUUUUUCACAUAAAAGCAAAGUUUGUAGGAUCAUGUUUUGAAUAAACUGUAUUUUGCAUGUA